AUGUCUUCGUAUUCAACGACAAUGAAACGAUCACUGGAGAUUGAGUUAAUUUCAGCAGAAGGACUUCGAAUAGAUCGUAAACCAGUGAAGAAGAAGACAUUCUGCGUCGUGAAAAUCGACGAGAAACGUCGAGAUUCCAAAUUAGACGAGUUGGGCGGAAGUUACCCGAUUUGGAAUGAUAAAAUCGAAACGGAGUUGCCUAUAAACGGAAGUGUAAGGUAUAUCUCCAUUGAGGUAUUUUAUCGAACAAGUGGUGGGUGUGAGAAAUCUAUUGGGUACGCGAAGAUUCCGAUUACAGAUUUCAUGGGAGGAUUUGCUCCACACGGGCAUUUGAAUUUCUUGAGUUACAGGUUAAGAGACGAGUAUGGAGACAAAAGCGGAAUCGUGAAUGUGUCCAUUAUGGUGAAACCAAACGGUGGUGAUAAUAAUAAAUAUUGGUCAUCGCCGUCGUCUUCGUCUACGGUGGUUGCUCCAGUGGAUUAUGCUAAGUGUUCUUCGCAGGCGACGGUGAAUGGUCAAAUGUGGAGACAGAAGGCAAGUACUUCGUCAAUGUCUGGUUAUGGUGGUCGUGUAGUAACCGGAGUUCCUGUUGGGUGUGCAUAUCAACAAUCUUAA